CACUGUCUCCUGUUUCGCCGCGUGAGCACCUCAGAGUCCAGACUUGUAUUUGACUCAGGGAUUGUUAGUUGGGGUGCAUUGAAGCAGUUUGGGCUAAGCAGCCAACUUGCACUUUCUUUGAUCAUAAGAAUGCAUCAAUCUUCAUCUUUUAUAGUGUCACUGUGCCAGAAGCAAUCCAAUUGAUACCUGGCAUAUCUUUGACGGGUGAGCUUGUUGAAUGUUUUUCAUAUUGUUGUGGGACAUUGAAGUUUGUUAGUGUAAGGAUUGUAUGUUGGAGAAGAUGAGCAGGAUUAGUCGACACAAAGAAAAAUAUGGCACUGGCAAUGAGCUUUCCAGGGAUGACUCAGAGGAAGGGACUGCCGCUCGGACAAGACCGUUUAGCCUUGAGGAAAUAAUGCUAAGAAGGGAAAGAAAGAAGCUGGCUGCAGAUGCUGAAGAUGGAGCUGGAGAGCCGGGGAAAUCAUCGGGGAAAAACAAUGUUGAAAGUGUUGUUGACCAUUCCGAAUCUGAUAGAGGUUCCAAACGAAGCAAGGAUAUUGUCCUUGUUGUCAAGAAGCAUGAUUCAGAGGAUAAACAAGCUUCUAGAAAGAAAGAAGCUGCAUCCACGACGGAGGACAACAUUGUUAGAAGUAAACCUAAAGAAACACGUGAUAUAGAAGCCAAUUUGAAGGUGAAAUCGGACAAAGGUUCAAGCAGUAGAGCUAAAUCAGACAAGAGUGAAAAAAGGAGUCAUCGCAGAAGCAGAAAUGAUGACCAUUCAAGGGAUGAUUUUGAAAAUGAAUCUGAGAAGAAGCCUCCCAAAGGUAGAGUGGGGAAGGAAAAAAACAUAGACAGAGAUAGAGGGAAAUCUGAAAGAGAAACCAAAAGAAAAUAUCGUAAUGUGGACGAUGAGAAAAGUAGGUCAGAGAUUAAAGGAAGUGAUGGGAAGAAACGUGAUUCAGGCAAAUGGCAUGAUUCAGAGUCUUCAGAAAGAAGGGGCAGGAAGGAGUCAUCUCAAUCCCAUUAUGAUGAAGUGAGGUUGAAAAGGAGAAGGUCAAGAAGUCGGGAAUUUGAUGGGGACAGAGACAGGAGGUCACCCUCGGUCUCCCCGAGAGCACGCAAACAUACAUCUUAUCAUGGUCAAGAUCGUGGAGAGGCAUCAUCUUAUUCCUUCAGAGAUAGGUCAGCAAGGCAGGAUUCUGAUGUUGACAGGUAUAGAACGUCUAGUAACGGAGGAUAUUCAAGUAGUCACUAUCGCCGUCAUGGUGGGUAUUCAAGUGGGAUUGGUGGCUAUUCACCACGUAAGAGAAAAACUGAGGCUGCUGUUAAGACUCCUUCCCCAACCACUCGUUCUCCAGAGAGAAAAAAUGUCGGGUGGGAUCUUGGGCCUGCUGGAAUGGACAACAUUUCUUCUGCUUCACUGUUGACUAAUUUCCAACCGUCACACCAGGCUAUCUCAUCAAAUUCACAAGAGCUGCCGGGCACUUCUCCAGUCACAACGAAUAUGGCAAAACCAUCAUCUGGGGCUGAUCAGAAGUCCUUGUCAAUGAUAAACAAUGUGUCUAUUGACUCCAUUCAACUCACACAAGCAACCCGGCCAAUGAGAAGGCUUUAUUUAGAAAAUAUACCAGAUUCAGCUUCUGAUAAAGACUUAAUGGAGUGUCUUAAUGAUUUCUUGUUGUCAAGGGGUGUUAAUCAUUACCAAGGAUUGAAGCCAUGCAUCAGUUGUGUUAUAAACAAGGAGAAGGGACAAGCUUUUGUGGAAUUUCUUACACCAGAGGAUGCUACAUCAGCUCUUUCUUUUGAUGGUAGAUCCUUCUCCGGUUCAAUUCUUAAAAUCAGGCGCCCCAAAGACUUCGGUGAACCAGCAACAGUUGCUAUUUUCAUGCAGACUGCUGCUGCAGAGAAACCAGCGGCCUUGGCUGAUGCAAUAUCUGACAUUGUUAAUGACUCACCACAUAAGAUCUUUGUUGGUGGGAUAUCAAGGGCUCUUUCAUCUGAUAUGUUCAUGGAGAUUGCUAAUUCCUUCGGACAUUUGAAGGCAUAUCGUUUUCAGGUUGAUAAGGAUCUGGAUGAACCAGUUGCUUUCCUGGAGUAUGCUGACCAGUCAGUCACCCUUAAGGCAUGUGCUGGACUAAGUGGGAUGAAGUUGGGAGGACAAUUCCUAACUGCUAUUCAAGCUUUUCCUUGUGCAUCCAAAGAGGAGAAUAGUGAAUAUACUGAGAGGUCACCAUUUUAUGGGAUUCCUGAAUAUGGAAAACCACUUCUGGAGAAGCCCACGAAGGUGCUGAAGCUUAAAAAUGUGUUCAAGCCUGAGGACCUCUCUUCUCUAUCUGGACCCGAGCUGGAAGAGACUUUGGAAGAUAUACGAUUGGAGUGUGCCAGGUUUGGUACUGUCAAGUCUAUUAAUAUUGUCAGGAACAGCAGCACAGUAGAAAAGGCUGAAGUCACUGUUGAAGCUGAUACAAAGGGGGCCUCUCAGUACCCAGAGGAUGAUGAUGGCACCAACAAUACUGAAGUCAUGGAAGGAGAUGUUGCCCUCAGUGCUGGAGUUAAUAGCACAGUGGAGCCUCCAAAUAAUGAUACAGAACUCCUAGAAGAAGUUGGAAAUGCAGAAAAUAACUGCACUAGUGAAGAUAAAUCUGCGUAUGAUAUCAUAAAGAAAGAAUCAAGUGAAUCAGUUCAACUUAAUGGUAACGCAGCUAUUGUUGAAGUAACCUGUCAGCUAAGUACUGAUGGGUCUCCCCAAGAAGCUCCUGUUCAGCUGGAUACUGUGAAAAACCCGCCUGAGUACGAUGACAAGGAUGCUGACUUUCAGGUUGAGGAAUCUGGUCCAGGAAACGAUUUGAUGGUUGAAGAAGAAUUGGGACCCAAUGAACGUACCAAUGACAAGUUGCAAGAAUCAUCUAUCGGAUUGAAUGAUGCCGUUGCUAUGGAGUCGGGUGCUGUGGAAGAAAGUGAUGGUGAACAGAAGGCAAGUGAUCUUGUUAACGUCUUUGAGCAGGGUUGUGUUCUUGUUGAGUAUCUUAGAACAGAAGCUUCAUGCAUGGCUGCACAUUGUCUACAUGGACGACUCUAUGGUGAUCAGGUUGUGGCAGUGGGUUACAUUUCUCAUGAUCUCUAUUUAUUGAGGUUCUUGAAUUGAUUUUGGAAUCAGUUUUGGUAAGAUCCACUGGUGGCUUACCUGAUGUCUGUCUGGUAGGUUCACCCAUUCACCAUGCAGAAAAUUGAGAAUUUCAUUUUUGGGUGAUUCUUUUUAAUGGAGCUUUUACCAGAGAAAUUGGUAAUGAUGCUUGAUGGUUGUGGUGUGAGUUUGAUUUUUGGGGUUGAAGCAUGUCAGUGGGAUAGAGGCUAAUUGAGAUUUUAGAGUUAGUUGUGAUAGGGAACAGGUGAGGAGGGCUCAAGGUCUUCUAAUGUGUUGUGUGAUGAUCAAUGGUAAGGAGGUUUGAUGCAUUACCAGUUCAAUUUCUCCAUGAUAUUCCCAAGCUUAGAAUUGUGUAUUUUCCCUCUGAUUUAUUUCUAUUUUAUACCAAAGAAAGGUAAACCUGCUGGUUACAGGCGCAAUGUUAUUUCUG